AUGCAAGAAGCAGUUCUUCAUGACGAAGCCACUCAUCGGGGAACUAAGAGGAAAGCGGAAGAGUCCAAUCUAGCUUCUCAGGCUCCCAAAAGGAUCAAGGCUCUUGAUCAAGAUGUUGUCAACAAAAUUGCUGCCGGCGAGAUUAUAGUCGCUCCCGUUCAUGCUUUGAAGGAAUUGAUUGAAAACGCAGUGGAUGCUGGCUCCACUUCUCUCGAGAUUGUCGUCAAGGAUGGAGGGCUGAAGUUGCUUCAGAUCACCGAUAACGGCCGCGGCAUCAAUAAAGAUGACCUACCUAUUCUUUGCGAAAGGUUUACAACGUCCAAGCUCAAGACCUUUGAGGAUCUAUCCUCAAUAGGCACGUAUGGCUUCAGGGGAGAGGCCUUGGCUAGCAUCAGCCAUAUUGCUCAUCUCACAGUUACCACCAAAACCGCAGACUCAAGCUGCGCUUGGCGCGCCCACUAUGCUGACGGUAGACUGACACCUGCAAAGCCUGGUCAAGGCACAGAGCCGAAGCCCACUGCAGGUCGCGGUGGUACACAGAUUACGGUCGAGGAUCUCUUUUACAACAUGGCUUCUCGUCGAAAAGCUUUUCGCUCCCCUAGCGAGGAAUACGCCAAGAUCCUUGAAAUUGUAGGUCGUUAUGCCGUACAUUGUACAGGGGUCGCAUUUUCAUGCAAGAAGCAUGGAGAAUCUGCUAUGGGCAUAUCCACGCCCUCGAACGCUAGCACUGUUGACAGCAUUCGCCAAAUCCAUGGAACUACUGUUGCCAACGAGCUGAUUGAUUUUCAAAUCAGUGAUGGAAAAUGGGCUUUCAAGGCUUCUGGCUGGACGAGUAAUGCCAACUACCACAUCAAGAAGACAACACUUCUCCUCUUCAUCAAUCAUCGUUCUGUGGAAUCCUCGGCGAUCAAAAAGGCUAUAGAGCAGACUUACUCGGCCUAUCUACCUAAGGGUGGUCACCCGUUCAUCUAUCUCAGCCUGGACAUCGAUCCUUCACGAGUCGACGUUAAUGUACAUCCUACCAAGCGCGAAGUCAAUUUUCUCAAUGAAGAAGAGAUUAUCGAAAGCAUCUGCGCAGAGAUAUCUACCAAGCUAUCACAGGUCGACACAAGCAGAACUUUCACGACUCAGUCCCUCCUCCCCAGCGCCAAAACACCUGUCCCAACCCUCUCCAAGACCCGGGCAGAAACCCCAAAGUCGAGCCAGAAACAAUCAUCCGCCACUCCGGCCAAGCCAUGGGAGUACCAACUUGUUCGCACCGACCCUCAGCUACGCAAAAUAACUUCCAUGCUCCCACCUUCGAAUAACAAUGCGUCCACACCUGCUCCUCCAUCGACUACCUACCUCACCUCGGCCAGAGAACCCACAGAGUACAACUAUAGAACGAUCAAGCACCUCCGAGCAUCGGUCCGUGAUUCCAUGCAUGCUGGACUGACAGCUGUAUUCGCAUCUCACACCUACGUCGGCGUCGUGGAUUUCAAUCGUCGAAUAGUCGCGAUUCAAGGCGGCGUCAAGCUAUACCUCGUCGACUACGGCAUGGUUUCGAAUGAGUACUUCUACCAGCUGGGCCUCACCGACUUCGGAAACUUCGGUGCCAUCAAGUUUGAAACCCCGCUGGACAUCAGAUCCUUAAUCCACAUCGGCGUCAAGCACGAAAAGGCACUUGGAAAUCCAGAAGACGAAGGCGUGCCCUGGGAUACCGUCCCAGAUAUGGUCGCGACCCAGCUCAUCGCUAGUAGAGAAAUGCUAUCACAGUACUUCACCUUGGAAGUCUCUCCCGCGGGCGAACUCGUCAGUCUCCCGCUUCUGACGAAGGGCUACACCCCCAGUCUAGCCAAGCUUCCCCGUUUCCUGAUGCGCUUGGGCCCGUGCGUCAACUGGGUGGACGAGGAGAGCUGCUUCCAUACCUUCUUGAGGGAGUUGGCGAGCUUUUAUACGCCGGAGCAGCUGCCCACCGGAGCGGUGGCGGGCGACGAUACCCGGACGGGAGGAGCGGACGGGACGGACGAGCUGAAGGCUGGCCUUGAAGCACGCAGGGAAGACAUGGGCAGAGCGCUCGAGCACGUCCUGUUCCCGGCCUUCAGGGCGAGGUUGGUCGCCACCGAGGGUCUGCUCAAGGGUGUGGUGGAGGUGGCGGAUCUGAAGGGGCUUUAUAGGGUCUUUGAACGGUGUUAG